AUGCCCAAGCAGCAGAUCCCAGGAUGGCGGGCGAUCCCCUUCCCUCAGAGGGAAAGGCGGCCAGCCUCGACGCCCCCGGGCGCGCGUGAAAACGCCUCACAGCGCGGCCUCGCCCGGCCGCCGCCCCUCUCCUCACGGCCGCCGCCCCGUCUCGCCUCCCCCCUCGCCUCCAAUGGGAGAGCCCCGCCGCGCCGCCUCGGCACGGCGCCUGGCGCGUUCCAUUCGCGAGGGAGGGGGGCACAGGACCCUGCGGUGGUGGCCUUUCCCUUUGCGGGGCGGCUCAUCGGCGUCAGCGCGGAGGGGUGCUCCACCCGCCGGGCUCCAUCAGCGAGGCCGCGCCCGGGAGACGGCGGCGCCCCGCGGCGCGGCGGCGGUUAUCUGGCGCUGGCGAGGUGCGGCCGCCCUAAGGGUGGGCGCGGGACGUCCCCCGAGGCAACGGCAGCGGCCUCGGCACCCCCCGCCCGGCGCGCCGUGGCUCGGCCCCGUUUGAAGGUGCGGCGGGCCGGGGCUGGCACGUGCCGCGGGGCUAACGGCGGUUCCGUGAGGGGAGAGACACCGCCCCGGGCCCGGCCGCCCCGCGGGAGCAGCGCCGCGUCCCGGCGCCGGCUCCAGCCCCGGCCCGGCGACGAGCAGCCCCCGCGGGAGGACGGCGGGCCCCGCGGCGAGGAGCUGCCGGCCCCCGGGCCCGCCACCCGCCCUCCAGAAGUUCUCUCCAUGAACGAGCUACAGGAGAUAACUGAUGACAUUUCCAAACUGACCAUUGUGCACGAAAUUGUACUGAACAGUGACUUCAAACUGCAAGCGGCCAGCUUCUCCCCAGACAGGGGUGUCCUGGAAAACAGGGUGAAGGAGACCUUGCACAAAGCCUUCUGGGACAGCCUGCAGGAACAGCUCUCUGCUAGUCCCCCAGACUACACUCCAGCAAUCCAGCUGCUGCAGGAGAUAAAAGAGGCCCUGCUAUUACUGCUGCUGCCACGGCACAACCAGCUGCGGAGCCAGAUUGAAGAGGCCUUGGACAUGGAGUUGAUGAGGCAGGAGGCUGAGCAUGGGGCUCUGGAUAUCCACGCUCUCCCCACGUACGUCCUCGGCACAAUGGCAAGGCUGUGUGCGCCCAUUCGAGAUGAGCAAGUACGAGGGUUGCAAAGCCUCACAGACCCAGCUCAGCUUCUCAGGGAGAUUUUCUGGGUGUUGGGCCUGAUGAAAAUGGAUAUGCUGACUUUUACCGUCCAGAGCCUCUGCACCCACUUGCAAGACCACACCAUCCAGUAUGAACGGAAGAAAUUCCAGGAACUCUUGGAUAAGCUGCCUGAUAGCCUGGAUCGCACGAGAGAGUGGCUGUGCAAAGCAGCAGCAGAAGUGUCCGUGCCCUCUUCGCAGCCGCCACCCCACGCCACAGUCGGUGGCUCAGCUGCCGCACACUUGCCGGGGGCCGCCAGCAGUAGCGCAACUGUGCCAAGUCUCAGGUCCGUGCUAAAUCGAGGAUACGUGAAUCUGCUCUGCUGGGAGCCUGGGCAAAAGGAAUACCCUGAGACACUGUUUAUGGCUCAGGCCCGACCAGAAGUACAAGCGCAGGUGAAUCAGCUUACCAUUGCAGCUGCAGUCCUGCUAGUGACCAGUGCCACGUGUGGAAGCACCUUAUGUGGCUCACCUGGGUUUGUAGCUAGGCCGAAACGGGUAACAAAGGUCCUCUUGGAAGGGCUGUCUUGUACCAGGUGUGAAGAAGCUUUAGAAGAUGUCAGCGACCAAGUGCUCCAGGAAGCCAGCAGGACUCUCUCGCAGCUGGGCUACCCUGCUUUUACCACUGACAAAUGUCCUUCCCUGAAAGGCCAGAUAAAAAGCAUUGCGGACAAGGGCAACACAGUCCGGCAUGUCAUCGAGCAGCGGAUUCGUUCCUUCCUCAGCCUUUUCAUUUCCCCUGAUGCACAGAAUUCUCAAAAAGAUUUCCCAAAGGACCUUGAUCCCAUUCAGGAAGAGCUGCUGGAAGUUGGGUGCAGGUUUGGAAGCGUGAUCCACAACAACAGGCAGCUGUUUGGACAUUACUAGUCGGGAAUUCUCAAGAAGGUGCUUCUCCCAGAUGCAGAACCAGACUCGGACGCAGGGACGGAUUCUUUCUGAUCAUCUUCACCACGUACCGGGCAGGGGUGGAACGCAUUCUCCAACAGUUUCUCAAAUCAUGCCUCAGCUUGUAAAAAUCAAUCAGACAAAUCCACCGGGGCCAGUAUCGCUACUGGGAAGUGACUCUUGGCAUGUCAGUAUCUGAAUAAACCUCAACUACGAAAAGUAGUGGCUUUUUUUCCCCCAAAACUGCCGCUAUUUGGUGGGGAAGGCAAUGGGAUGUGGAGCUUAUAAAACUGCAGUGCAGCUUAGGCUUUUUUUAAUUCAAGGUGUUAAUUCUGCCAUGGGCCUGUAACCUACUUUGCUGAAACGUUAGUCACAGCCCAGGGACGCUGUUUGCAUUUGGUAAAGCCACAUGGUAUUUAAAAUCAUUAAAACUGCUCAAUAUAUUUCAAUGUUAGCUUGAGAACCUGACUUACUGAAUUAUUAGAAAUGGAACAUAUGGUAUAAUUUUAGCAAUCCCUGGUGUGUAUUAGUAUUUUACAUCAGCCGUAUUGUACUUGACAUGAAAAUCUGAACUUUAACCUGUAUUUAAGUGUCUGGAUUUCUUGCUCUAAUUUUACGUAAUGAAAAUGUCCUAUGUCUUGGCAAGCCAAAAAUCUUUGCUGGGUAAAUACUAUAUACAACGGCUGCACAAACUGUUACAGUUGUUACAUGAAUCGGUUGCCGCCGUGCUGCAGAAAAGUGACUGUAAUGUUUAUCGUGAGUAAAUUAUGGUCCUGACAGUCCCCAGCAGAACAAUCCUUGCAGAUGUACGUUAGCGGGGGUAAAAAUGAGCUUCUCGCCAUCCUGUGGAGAACACAUAAAGCGGUUGGAGACUGUCGUGCUAUAGGUAGGUCUGUCUUGAACACGUGGAUGUGUGUUUAUGCAUACAUUAGUUUGCCUAAAAAGAAUUUAGUGUUCAAUAUUUGGGAUCGUUAUGACUAACUGCAAAAAAAAGAGCAGCUUCACCCAAAGCGCCUGCUCAGCAGCCAGCGCUCUCCCUCCCGCACGCCCCACGCCUCGGGACAGCGCGCAGCCCCUGUGCCGCUGCCCCAGAACUACAGCGGGACUGCUCCCAGCUGAUCGGCCUCCUGCGCUCUGCUUCCACAACCGCGGCACAGCGUCUCUGCCCAACGCUCUGGCGUUUUCUUCUUCCUCGGAUUUACGAAGCAGGGAAGCGCUACACUGAGCUAAUUAACCACCACCGAGCUGCCUGCCCUCGCCCCUUCUCUCUUACCUUCGCAGGUCAGGGCUGUUAGACGAGGACCAGAACAGCGUUGCUUUAACACAGAUGACCGGGAGGCUUCGGUAUAACGCUGAGGUCACAGUGACAACGGGGCGAAUGUGUGUCUAAGUUUGUUUAUU